GCCCUGUGCCAUCAGUUGAGUGUUUCCUGUUUCUGACAAGCACAGUGCACUGCUGCACGUUAGAGGCCCAUAUUUUAUCAUAGUGGAGCACACACACUCGCACUCACGUGCAGAGAGCACCCUGUAGAGGAAAGCCUGCUCUCACUUUACAGAUACACAGCCACAUGGAGGAUGUUCUGAUGGACUCCUAGUCUUCGAUAGUCCCUAGAUCAGGCAUGUCUGUGGUCAUGGGGUCCUUUCUCACACUGGAUGUCUGAGUUUGACCCUUCCAGGUGGGGACAGAAGCAAGAAAUUGGAUCUUCAUCCUGUGGCUUAAAUGCUAAAUGGCAGUCUUAGCUGCUGAGGUGAUAUGAUUUUAUUUUGGGGAUCUCAUGGAGUCUCAUCAACAGUGGUGAUGCAACCUGAGGAGCCUGUGCGUCAGGAACUGCAGUUUUAUUAUGUGGGUGACUAUACGUGGGCCACUAUGCUGGGUCAGAGCUUGAAGCUGCAACCGGUGGCCAUUCAGAGCCUGUCGGAACUGGAGCGAGCCCGGUUACAGGAGGUGGCCCUCUAUCACCUGGAGGAGAGAGAGCUGGACUUCAAGAUCAGCAUUCCCAAAGAGAUUCGCAAGAUAAGGAAGUCACUAAGAAGAAAGUUUGAUUCCUUUUCCAAGGAAAAGAAGGAAAGAGAAACAGCCCCCAAGGCAUUUGGGAUUCCUCUCUCACAGGUGAUCGCUAAUGAUCGGGCCUAUAAACAGCGUCAGGACGCUCUGAAGGAGAGCCGCCGGGACUGUCUGGAGUUGGAGGCCAGUGUCAUGCACUUCCGUGCUGAAAAACGGCAGCAGAAUGGAAACCAGCCCCUGGUCAGCAAAGCUUCCACCUCCGACGAUGCAUCCUCAUCACUGCUGGAGCUCCAUAGCAAACCACUUUCACCAACAUUCCUGGACAACAGCUCUCGCAGUCACAGACGGGGAGGAUUGUCAGUGGACUCCAUCUCCGACCUGGUGGAAAGUCAGUCCAGGCUGCUGGAGGCACUGCAGCUCUCUCAUCCUAAUGAAUUGGAUAUCAAGAAGACACCAGCGGGCCGCACACAGACCAAGCUGAGCCUGAACCCCAUUUACAGACAGGUGCCACGUGUCCUGGAGCGCUGCUGCCAGCACAUACACACAUACGGGUUGCAGACGGUGGGGAUUUUCCGAGUAGGAAGCUCCAAAAAGAGAGUCCGCCAAUUGCGUGAGGACUUUGACAGUGGAACAGAUGUUGUACUGGAUGAUGAACACAGUGUUCAUGAUGUGGCAGCACUAUUAAAGGAGUUCCUGAGGGACAUGCCUGACCCUCUGCUGCCUAGAGAGCUAUACUGCGCCUUUCUGCAUGCUAAUAAUUUGUGGGGCGCUGAUCAGUUGACAUACCUGCAGCACCUGUUGUAUCUGUUGCCUUCAUGUAACUGUGACACUCUACUGAGGCUGCUGAGUUUAUUACACACCGUUCAGGAGCAUGCUCAUGACUCUGUCAGCCCUGACCAGCAGGAGAUCCCAGGGAAUAAGAUGACAGCAGGUAACUUGGCCGUGAUUUUUGGGCCCAACCUGCUACAGAAGGAGAAAGGAUCAGAUAAAGACCUGAAACUUGAGGCAAUGGGCAUCGAGGACAGUGCUGCCAUCAUCUCAGUCACACUGCUCUUCAUCCAGCACUAUAAAUAUCUCUUCACGGUUUCAGCAGAGCUCCAGCAGGAGGUGCUUAUGAGUCUCAUUCAGACUGAUCCAGAUGUCAUCGACUACCUGCUACGCAGAAAGCUCAGUGGCAGCAGUGUGACAGUGGAGGCAGACCUGGGACUACGGAGGGACACUCAGACAUCUCUGGACUCAGUGGGUCAGUCCAGUGAUGACAUGUCACCUAUUGAGCCUAUGUCGCCUUUGUUUGGAGACUCAGCUGGGGGAAGCAGUUUGAGCAGCGAGGUUUUUUUCAACGCACUACAUCUCAGCACCAACAGCAAACGUUCUUCAGACACUCCACCCAAGGGUAUAGCCAAGAUGCGACAGUUCCAUUCCCAUCACAAUCUGUUGAGUCUUGCCCAGCCCUCCACCAAGCUCCAGUCUGAUGAGCAAGAGCUGCAGGGGGGCACAGGGCUUCCCAGUCCAGUCGAGAGUCUCCAGUUCAGUCUCCUGCCACAGGAAGACACCUCCCAGCCCAAGAGCAUGAAAGAAAGGAGUGUGUGGGUGCGACAGAACUCCAACACCUCCUCCACCUCAGAAGAGAGCAAGCAGCCAAGCAACUUCUGGGACUUUUUCACUGGCAAGAUGAUCCCAAAGGCUUUCUCUCCUAAACUUCUUCAGCAACCAGACUCAAUGUGCAAAAAGCUGAAUGGGAAACCAUGGCAAGGUGAACUUUUUUUAGAGAUCAUAUAAGCAUCCAUAUGUUUCGUUUCCUGUUGUUUUUACUUUGGGAGAAUUAUUUGUGUAAGGGUGGAGGGGCAGUUAGCAGAGAUGAACACUGAUGUUGAGCACUGGACCACAAGGAGGCGACACUUGCCUAAAAACACUCUACAAGAGAGACAUACAAAUAAAAGUAUCAUGCUGUUAAAUCAUAAUGGUACAACAUACUGUCCUGACACUAUAUCAAUAAACAAUCCUUUGUCAGCAAUGUAAA